AUGGGCCCUCCCUACAAGAUCCAAGACUGGCGCAAAGCCUGCGCCGACAAACGCCAGGCACUCUGGGAAUCGAUACCAACAAGCCACAGGCUGCCUCCCGAUCUCGCCGAGAAAGCAGCCAAGGACGAGCUUCUGCCCUCCGAUGAAAGCGUGCUCGGAUGCGGCAUCCUGUCUCCCCUGGAUCUGGAGAUCACAGACAUCGACGACGCUGCUGUCCUCGUAGAUCGCAUCGCAUCCCGCAGGUACACUUCCGUCCAGGUGACCGAGGCCUUCUGCAGGCGCGCCAGCAUCGCCCAGCAGACGACGAAUUGCCUCACCGAGAUCCUGUACGAUCGAGCGCUGGAGCGCGCCCGGUGGCUGGAUGAGUAUCUGGAAAGGGAGGGGAGGACGGUUGGGAUGUUGCAUGGGCUGCCGGUGUCAUUGAAGGACUCCUUCGGCAUCAAAGGCAUCCCCACGACAGCAGGACUAGCCUCAUGGAUCCCCAACAUUUCACCCGUCGACAGCUCCGUGACCAAGGCCCUCCUAGCCGCCGGCGCAGUCCUCUACGCCAAGACGAACGUCUCGCAGGCUUACUUGAUGGUCGAGAGCAUCAACAACGUCUUCGGGACGACCAAGAACCCCUACAACCUCGCCCUCUCCGUCGGCGGCUCCAGCGGCGGCGAGGCGAGUCUCGUGGCGGCGCGGGGGAGCGUGCUUGCAUCGGGCACGGAUGGGGGUGGGAGUAUCCGGUUUCCGUCGGCGUUUUGUGGACUUUGGGGGUUGAAAUGCUCCAAAGGGCGCAUCCCAGCAAUGGGUAUCAUGGCGCCGGAUGACGGUAAUGAGUCGGUCAACAUGGGCCUCGGUCCCAUGGCUCGCACCGUGUCGUCUCUGGAGCUGUGGCUUAAGGCUCAGCUGCAUAACCAGCCGUGGGACUCCGACCCCAGCUGUAUUCCCAUGCCGUGGAACCUCAAAGAAGCCGAAAGAACGACCAAGAGGCUGGUUAUCGGUGUGCUGUGGGACGACGGAGUCAUCUACCCGACUCCCCCCGUAACCCGCGCGGUAAAAGAAACAGUCUCCCUCCUCAAAUCAGCCGGCCACACCAUAAUCGACCUCCCCGCCUCCGAGAUGCACGACCUCCACCGCCGCGCCACCUCCUGCGCCAUGAAGUCCAACGUGCAAUCCGGCGGGUCCACCAUCGCAACCCACCUCGCCGCCUCAGGCGAGCCGCCCGUCCCGCGGACCGCGACCGGCUCGCCAGCCUCAUUCCUGACGACUCCGGAGGUGUUCGCGAACCACCUGGAGCGCGCGGCCAUCGCGGGGCGGUACAACGAGCUGUGGGCGCGGUUCGGCCUCGAUGCGGUCGUCGCGCCGGCCGUGGCGCACCCGGCGCCGCCGCAUGGGAUGUAUGUGUCGAAUUCGUAUGCGGGGGUGUAUAAUAUGCUGGAUUAUGCGACGGGGAGCGUGCCGGUGACGAGGGUGGAUCUGGAGGUGGAUGUCGCGCCGAGGGAGUGGUAUGAGAGGGAGGUGUAUCCGCGGAUUGAGGAGGAGAGGUUCCCGUAUGAUUGGGGGGAUAGGGAGAUGCAGGAGCUGUAUGUUGGGCCGCAUGUAUAUAGGGAUUCGCCGGUGGGGGUGCAGGUGGUGUGUCGGAGGUUGAGGGAGGAGAAACUGGUGGGGAUUUUGAAGGAGGUUGAGGCUUUGAUGGCCAGCCGGCCUGCGAAGGGGGUUGGUUUGGCGUAGGUCUCUUCAUGGAGGACAGACAGCUAAGACAGUUUAGCGGGAC